AUGGGCAGAAAACAACACAGGCUAACUGACUUAUUUAUCAUUUUGGAUGAGAAAGCUAAUAAAUCUAAUAAGUUUGCCGUUUGCAAAUUUUGUAUUAAAGGUUCUACAUAUGAAGAAGCUUAUAAAAACCGAAUUACUAAUACGCAGCGAGAAUGCAGGCGCCAUCUUAUUUCUUGUCAAUACUUCAUUGCAGAAUAUCCUAGUGAAAUAAUGCGCAAUAAAGUUUUAAAUCCAACAUUGACAAAUAAGGAUCCUCAAGAAAGUGAAAGCGAAAGUGAAAGUGAACAAAGUUUUGGAAAUGAAAACAAUUCAAAUAAACGAGCUCGAUUAAUAGCUUCAGACCAGUUAGGCUUAAAUAUAACGUUAGAUGGUUAUUUUCAAAAACCAUUAUCAAGCAAACAAAAGGAAAAACUUGAACAAUUACUUUUAAAAGCAACUGUUUCAUGUGGCUGGGCUUUUACGUGGGUUGAUAACCCUGAAAUUAAAGAGCUUUUUUAUUAUAUAAAUCCUACUAUCAAAUUACCAAAUCGCCAAACACUCUCAGAAAUUUAUGAGGCUAAAAAAAAUUUUAUUCAAACACAAACUGCAAUGCACGCAACACUGUCCAAUGAUGAUCAUGAGUCUAAUAAUAUGGAAUCAGAAGAUGAGAUUGGGUUUAUUAAAAGACAAGAAGAUAUCAGUUCAAUUAAUGAUUGGAAAGAAGCUGUGAAUGAAUGGAAUUCUCUCAUAGAAGAAGAAGGAAUGGAGGCUAUAAGUGAAGAUGAAGAAGCGAUAAGUGAAUUAAAUGAAGAAGAGGAUGCAAUAAGUGAAUUAAAUGAAGAGUUGGCAGAACCAGAUAUUGAUAAUCAUCCCGCUGUUGCAUCAAGUGCUAAGUGGAAAUUAGAGACUCUUUUUGAUAAAAAUAAUUUAAAACAUCCACCAUAUAUAAAAUUAUUAACAGAAUAA